GAUGACGACGACGACGAUCCAUUGAAUUCUUUGUGAAACUGAAAGAAAGAAAAAAAGUUAUGAAUGUCCCGAAAGAAUUUCCAUUUCAGAAGAAAGAAGUCAACAGAAAAUUCGUGAAAAGUCAUAUUGGCGAUAAAUUGUUAAUCGACGCAUAGAAUGGACAAAUGCGAAACAAUUGAAGAAGCAGGUGUACAGUUGUGACGUCUGAAAAGGUACUUACUACUAAGAAAGUUGAAAAUGAGUAUCGCAAAUGGGAUAAAUGGCUCGAACGGGCACGUGGACGGACAUUUGGAGAACAAGAGUAUACCGGAUGCAGAGGAGGAGAGGAGACGAGAGAAGAAAGGUGUUAUAUAUCAGAUAAUUAUGUCGCUGUGCGCGAAUUCCUCGGUUCUGGGUCCAUCCAUGGCUUUCGGCUAUAGUGGUGUUGCAUUGCAGCCAUUGAUGUCACCUACUAGUGACGUGAAAAUCAACAAAGUUCAAGCAAAUUGGAUUGCGACAGCGACAGCAUUGGGCAUUCCAUUUGGUUGCAUUCUCUCCAGUUACACCAUGAGACGCGGAAGAAAGUUGAGCUUGUUGAUAACGUCCGUCAUAUCCUUCAUUGGCUGGUUCGUCAUUUAUCUCGCUGGAACGUACGAGCAAAUUCUUGUAGGAAGAAUUAUUUCCGGAAUUGCAACAGGCACGGCCUCGGUACCAGCCACCGUUUAUAGCGCGGAAGUUGCUUCUCCGAAAUGGCGAUCGACUAUGGCUACGUGGACCAGUAUAGCCAUUGCCGCCGGUGUUUUAAUCGUUUACAUUUUCGGCUACGCUUUCAAGGACAACUGGCGAAUGGUGGCUCUGAUGUGCGCCAUGUUCCCCCUGGUCUCGGCCGUGCUGACCUUGGCCGUCGUCCUAGAAACCCCGAUCUGGUUACGAGACAGAGGUCGUCUAGACGAGGCGUUACAGGUGUUGAAAAAAUUCCACGGCAUCCCGAAAGACGUGCCGCCCCCGCCGCACUUGUACCAAGAAUUAAAACCACAUCCGCAAGAGAGGAAGCAAAAUUUCAUGAAACACAUGGCCAAGAGGAGCGCGAUGCUGCCCUUCGGCAUCAUGAUCGGCUACUUCUUUUUCCAGCAGUUCUCCGGGAUAUUCGUCAUCGUUUACUACGCGGUGAACAUUGUGCAAAGCGCCGGCGUCACUAUAGAUCCAAAUUUGGGGGCGGUUUUGAUCGGGCUCACCAGGUUGUUAGGGAGCAUAUUGGUGGCGUGCGUGUCGAAGAAAUUAGGAAGACGAAAACCUUCGAUCGUUUCUGGUGCUGCAAUGACGAUUUUCAUGGGGGCGUUGUCUGUGUACCUGUUAGUGAAGGAUAAGGGAUACGCGAUAAACGACGGAGGUCUGGUACCUGUCAUAUGUAUACUUAUGUACAUUUUUGGCAGCACCCUCGGCUUCCUGGUGAUUCCGUUCGCCAUGGUUGGUGAAGUAUACCCAGCGAAGGUGAAAGAAGUAUUAACGGGACUGACCACGUGCAUCAGUUACAUAUUCAGCUGCAUCACGGUGAAGACGUAUCCAGAUAUGGAGCUGGCUAUGGGUAAACACGGGGUGUUCAUAUUCUUCACGGUGAUAUCGUUGUUAGGCACGAUAUUCGUUGUGUUUUUCUUACCUGAGACUAAGGGGAAGUCGUUGAGAGAAAUUGAAGACAUGUUCGCCGGGAAGAAGGAGGUCGCCGACUCGCAGGAGAAAGAGAAGAUGGUAGAUCUGAAGGAUGUUUCUGCAGGAGUGUAGUUACCUGUGGAUUAAGUGAAAUGUUAGAAAGAUAGAAAAAACGAGUGGCAAGUUGACGAUAAAUUCGAGGUUUCCUUUUUUUUAGAGGUGGAAGAAAAUGAUGAGCUGAAAUAUUUUGCAGGCAAGAAGGAAAUGACAACAAUAAGUAACAAUAAAUCUGAACUUUUUUUAAAAUGAAAAUAAGUGAUAAGUUAAGGAUUAAUUGGAGAUUCUGAAAAGAAAUGAUAAGUUUGAAUUUCUUACAGAAAUAUGAUCGGUCAAUAAUAAAUUUCUACUUUCUGAGAGGUCAAGGAAAAUGAUAAGUUAAUGAUAAAUUUAAGUUUUUUUU